AUGAAGCUCGUUAGAUUCCUCAUGAAGUGCGCGAACGAGACGGUGACGAUUGAGCUUAAGAAUGGCACCAUCAUCCACGGAACCAUCACAUCCGUCUCCCCCCAAAUGAACACCGCGCUCCGCACCGUGAAGAUGACCGCGCGCGGCCGCGACCCCGUCGCCCUCGACACCAUCAACCUCCGUGGCAGCACGAUCCGAUAUUACAUCCUCCCCGACUCUUUGCCGCUGGACACGCUACUCAUCGACGACGCGCCGAAGCCGAAGAACAAGGCGCGCAAGGAGGUGGCUGAUAAGGCGGGUGCGAGGGGUGGACGUGGAGGACCGAGGGGAGGGAGGGGUGGGGGACGGGGUGGAGGGUUUAGGGGCGGUGGUGGAAGGGGGGGAGGAAGGGGGGGAGGAAGGGGGAGGGGGUUCUAA